AUGGGGUUUGAGGCGGGGCACACCCUGGAGACGACACCAGUCUAUCACAAGGCUACAUCCCAGCACAGGUACUGCCUCAAAGGUCUAAUCGCCAACAUCAGCAGCCCCAUCGUCACUAAGAUCAGCCCCUAUGGGAAGACCUACAUCUCUGGCUCUUGGGGCAAACAGGCCCAGGUGAACAGCACGGUGCAGAAGAACAGCUACUGGGUCCAACAUCUGGGCAGCAGCCACAUCUACGGCAACAUCUUGCGUGUAUACCAAAGUUACAAAGACUUCAUGGCUUCUACCACAUACAAGGACUUCACUUUUGCUCCAUCUUACACGGACGCCAAAACCAUUGAGGGUCCCAGUGCAGUUCUGUACGGUGGCGCUCUGUACUAUCACUGCUACCGCUCUGCUGAUGUGUGCCGCUAUGAUCUCACCACCAACGCAGUCAAGCGAGCGACCCUUCCAGGUAACGGUGUGGGAUUCAACAACAAGUUUCCAUACUGUUACUUUGACUGCCGUGCUAUUAGCGAUGUGGAUGUAGAUGAGACAGGACUGUGGGCCCUCUAUGCCACGGUUGGUAACCGUGGAAACCUAGUGGUGAGCCGGUUAGUUUGGGACGGUGAAGACCAGACACUAAAUGUGACUCAAACAUGGGAGACCAGGAUGUUCAAGAAGGCAGUGACCAAUGCAUUCAUGGUGUGCGGCGUGCUGUACGCCACCCGUUACGUGGAUGAUCACUGCGAGGAGGUCUUCUACGCCUUUGACACAGCCACAGGCAAAGAGGACAAUUCACUGUCACUGCCACUAGAGAAGGUGGCCAAAGGAGUGGCCAGUUUGAGUUAUAACCCCACCAACAAGCAGAUCUACAUGUACAAUGAUGCAUAUUUGUUGGCGUACCAUGUCCAGUUCUGA